AUGAUGAUGUUGGUGUUUCGGCUUCAAAAUAAUUUUCUGCAUUCUCAGUUCAAGCUUAAGGACUUGGGUCCUCUCAAGUAUUUCUUAGGACUUGAGAUCGCACAUUCCACCAAAGGUAUUAUUGUUUGCCAGCGCAAAUAUGCAUUGUAUAUUCUUAAUGACACUGGUUUUCUUGGGGCCAAACCAGUCUCUUUUCCAAUGGAACAAAAUCUGCAUCUUAGUAAAACUGAUGGUGAAUUACUUCAUGAUCCAAGUGUAUUUCGUCGACUCAUUGGGGGACACUUGUACCUGAGUCUUACUAGACCUGAUCUCACAUAUUCAGUCCACACUUUGAGUCAGUUUCUUGAUAAGCCACGUGACUCUCAUUUACAGGCAGCUCAUCGUAUUUUAAGAUACAUCAAGGCUCCUCCUAGUUUAGGCCUACUUUUUUCAUCAAAGUCAGCCAUUCAUCUCAAGAUUUUUACAGACUGA